AUGGAAUUAUCUGGUGUUCUAAUGAUAUUCUUCUUAGGAAUUAGCUUGAUUCCUAGUGUGGAAGCUAAUAUGGGAAGUCUGGUUUUGUCGACUCUUGGCGGUAUUUGUGGUUUAAUUAUUUUGGUUCUUGAUGUUGUGGCAAUCUUUGAAUUGCUUACACAAAGCAAUCAUGAUUGUUGCGGAAAACUCGUCUGGACAUUGAUCAUAUUCUUUUUUCCAAUUGGAGUAACAUUGACCAUGAAAGCAUUUAAAUUAGAACAAAAUAGAAAUCGGUUCCUUGAAAACAACUUGCUUGUUUUUCUCAUCAUCGAUUACCAUCUAAAAAUCAAUACGACACACAUUUUAACAAAUGGCAAGGACUGA